AUGACCGCCCGGUUCAAAGCCCCAGGCAUCGAUCCUUAUGUCGGGACCUACGUCUUGAUCUUCGACUUCAAUGAGAGUCAAACGGAAAUCACAAAGUUUAUCGAGUUUAUUGACACGGGGACCACCCAAGAAAUUGUGAAGAAGGUGAACGAAGGCAGAGCAAGGCUUGGCUGGGGGCCCUUGGAAGCCCCUUGA